CAAGGCAUACUGCAAAACAGAGUAGAAAGUAAAGGUGUAGAGUGAGCUUUAGAAGUGAUUGAAUGGCUGAGAAAAGCAAGAUUCUGAUCAUCGGAGGCACCGGUUACAUCGGUAAACAUAUAGUGGAAGCAAGCGCAAAGGCCGGGCAUCCUACUUUUGCUCUGGUGAGGGAAUCAACCGUCUCUGAUCCCGCCAAGGCUGAACUCAUCAACCAUUUUAAGGCUUUGGGUGUUAAUCUGGUCCAUGGGGAUCUGUAUGAUCAUGAAACCUUGGUGAAAGCCAUAAAGCAGGUAGAUGUGGUCAUAUCCACCGUGGGUCACUUGCAACUUGCCGAUCAGGUCAAGAUCAUCGCUGCCAUUAAGGAGGCUGGCAACGUUAAGAGGUUUUUCCCUUCUGAAUUCGGGAACGACGUGGAUCGUGUGCAUGCAGUGGAGCCAGCAAAAUCUGCUUUCGAAGUCAAAGCCCAAAUUCGGCGUGCCGUUGAAGCAGAAGGAAUCCCCCAUACGUUCGUUGCCAGCAACUACUUUGCCGGCUACUUUCUGCCAACGUUAGCUCAACCAGGAGUCUUCGCUCCACCUCCACCUAAAGACAAAGUGAUUAUCUUCGGCGAUGGAAAUCCUAAAGCAAUUUUCAACAAGGAAGAGGACAUUGGAACCUACACCAUCAGAGCCGUGGAUGACCCUAGGACGUUGAACAAGAUUCUCUACCUCAGGCCCGCUCAGAACAUUUACUCAUUCAACGAGCUUGUGGCCUUGUGGGAGAAGAAGAUUGGGAAGACCCUCGAAAAGGUUUAUGUGCCAGAGGAGAAGCUUCUCAAGGACAUUGAAGAGUCUCCUAUUCCAAUCAAUGUGAUAUUAUCAAUCAACCACUCUGUGUUCGUGAAGGGUGACCACACAAACUUUGAGAUCGAGCCCUCUUUUGGGGUUGAGGCUUCUGAGUUGUACCCUGAUGUCAAGUACACCACCGUGGAAGAAUUCCUUAGUCAGUUCGCUUGAGAAUUAAAACAAGAAAGAUGCACUUAGUUGUUGAUUUGGAGUUUUACCUUUGGCCUCUGCUACUUGUUGCUGCUAUUUUGCUUUGUAAAACUGUUGAUUAAUGUUUUACCAUGUAUUAUCCCCUGAUCUAAAAAGAGGGAAGAGAGUGCAAGAUUGGGUUUUAUGUCAAAUGCUUUGCAUACUUUUCAAUGACUACUUCAGUAGCUCAAAAAUAAUAAAUACUUACGACAUGCAUGCGCUAA